CCGAACCUUGUUGAAGCCAGGGCCCAGCCACCCAGGAGCCGUCAGGAUGUUGCAGCAAGCCCUCAAGGUGUCCAGCCGCAGCGUGUCUCCACUCAUCAGGUGGAUGGAGGGAUGGGCGGAGAUCACCUCCACGGCCAUCAAGAGGAGCACUGAGCCGGUGGUGAAGACCCUGAGGGAGAUGCCCGGCCCGUCGAUCGCCAACUUUGCGUGGGACUUGUUUGCAAAGGGAGGGCUGUCGCGCCUCCACGAACUACAGCUGGAGGGUCUGCGGCGCUACGGGCCCGUGUGGAAGGCGAGCUUCGGGCCCAUCCUCACGGUGCAUGUGGCGGAGCCCUCCCUGAUCGAGCAGAUCCUCAGGCAGGAGGGCCGCCACCCCAUGCGCUCCGACCUAUCGUCCUGGAAGGACUUCAGGAAGCUCCGGGACCACGGCUACGGCCUGCUCACAUCUGAGGGCGAGGAGUGGCAGGCCGUGAGGAGCCUCCUGGGGAAGCACAUGCUGCGGCCGCGGGCCGUGGAGGCGUACGACGGCGCCCUGAACGCCGUGGUCAGUGACCUCGUCCUCAAGCUCCGGCACAGCCGCCACCCCGACGGCCUGGUCCCCGACGUGGCCCAGGAGUUCUACCGCUUCGGCCUGGAGGGUAUCUCCUCUGUGCUGUUUGACUCCAGGCUGGGCUGUCUGGAGCCGGUGGUUCCCGAGGAGACGGAGCGGUUCAUCCAGUCCAUCAACACCAUGUUCGUCAUGACGCUGCUCACCAUGGCGAUGCCCAACUGGCUGCACCGCCUCUUCCCCAAACCCUGGACCACCUUCUGCCAGUGCUGGGACUACAUGUUCGCCUUCGCCAAAGGUCACAUCGACGAGCGUCUGCAGAAGGAUGUAGCGAACAUGGCUCGUGGGGAGAAGGUGGAGGGGAACUACCUCACCUACUACCUCACCCAGGCCGGUCUGCCCAUGAAGACCGUCUACAGCAACGUGACCGAGCUCCUCCUGGCUGGGGUGGACACCAUCUCCAGCACCCUGUCCUGGUCGCUGUACGAGCUGUCCCGCCACCCUGAGUUGCAGGCGUCCCUUCGAGAGGAGGUGCUGUCUGUCCUCGGAGAUCGUAAAAUACCCGAGGCUGCGGACGUGGCUCGCAUGCCCCUCUUGAAGGCCACCGUCAAAGAGGCCCACCGGCUGUACCCUGUUAUCCCUGCCAACGCCCGGGUCCUCACAGAGGGUGACAUCGAGCUUGGAGGCUUCCUCAUUCCCAAAAAUACUCUGAUCACGCUGUGCCAUUUCGCCACCUCCCGGGACCCUGCGAUAUUCCCGAACCCGGAUGAGUUCCAGCCGCGGCGCUGGCUAAGCCGGGACCAGAGCCACCACCCGUACGCCUCGGUGCCGUUCGGCGUCGGGAAGCGCAGCUGUGUGGGUCGACGCAUCGCUGAGCUGGAGCUCUACCUCGCACUCGCCCGGAUUGUGACGGAGUUCGAGGUGAAGCCAGACCCAGCAGGGGGAGACGUGAAGCCCAUGACCCGAACGCUUCUGGUCCCCGACCGGGAUGUCAACCUCCAGUUUGUUGACCUGUGACCCCUAGAGCUGACUGCUUCAGCUACGGGGGAAAUCGAUAAGACUAGACUUGUCCGUCCAAGAGAAAAAGAUACUGUGAGGAGGACUUCUCCUAGUUGCUCGCUCCAGAUGGCUACAAUAGAUUUAGGCUCUGGGGCUCUUCUGAUUUACUCGUUAAAUCACUUGAAACGACAGAAUGGGCCGAGGCAUUCUGUCAUUCAUUCAGGCCAGAUGUAGCUGUGUGUGUUGUAAUGUGUCUUUUUAUAAGAUGAUCAUGGUGAAUUAUCAGAAAUGUAUUGCCUUUAUGUGUUUAACUAGUGUGUAAAUACUGUAAUUCUAGGAAUGGCAGCUGUUACUUGAAAAACAAAUCCCUUUUAAUAAUACUUGUUUCCGCAUUUCAAAAGUCCGGAAUGCAGCACAGUGGACCUUCUGUAUAUAUGACAUAGUCUGUAAAUGUAUAUAUGUGUUUAUAUGUAUUUAUCUACCUUAGAAUAAUUGAAGCUAAAGCUAAUGUGCAAAGUGACCGUGGGUGCUAUUUUGUAAACCUUUUUGAACCUUCACGAUCUGAAGUCUGUAUUUAGUAUGAUGUUAAACAUUAUGGAGAUGUGUGUAUUCAUACGGCCAUCCAAUCGUUUUAUAUAAACCUGUAGCAUGAUGGUAAUCUACCAGACCUUUUUCCUCUACUAAAUAGUCUUUUGUGUAAAUAAGUGUUGGUGCUACUUUGAGGGGCCCCUGUUAAUAUUCCGUUUUGAAAAGACCCUCUUUCCCCAUGUUUACCUGGUGGCUCACCUUGAAAGUCUGAUAAGCUCCAGUUUAGACACGUAGGCACUUAUUUCUAAGAAAUAGUGCUGAGGUUUCUGGUUACUGUAGGGCACGGCCAGGAACCUGGGCAUUGUAUUACAAAGCACUCAUUUGCAGCCGCAAACCAAUAUCUUGCAAUACAUGUCUCGUUCUGUUCCACAUUGUUUAUAAUAAAAACAUAUGCCCAGAAAAAUCUC